AGGUAAUCGUAAUUAAGACCACAGCAACUAUAUUCCAGCCUCGAGCCCUUCAAUCCACUUCGCCCAACACAAUGGCUGUCCAACUCUCCCUCCCAUCCCUCACCCCCCGCGAAGCCGUCGCCGACGCCCUCCACCGCUGCAUCCUCGGCAUCGACACCAACAACCGCGACGUUUUUGAGUCGGCAUGCCUAAAAGGCGAGGACAUGAUUAUAACCCUUGGCCCCGCCACUUUCUCAGGCUGGGCCGCGAUCAACGAGUUAUUUGUCAAUGUCUUCAAACUGAUUACUACGCAUAUUGCGAGUAAUAUCCGUGUUGAACUUGAGGACGGCGCGGAUACGGCGAAUUUGACUGCGCAUGUGAUAUCGUAUCAUGUGAAGCCGGAGGAUGCGGUUAAGGUGGAGGAUACGUCGUAUACGGCGGGGACCUUGUAUGAUAUUGAUCUUGUUAGGGAUGGGGGGGAUGGGUUGUGGAAGAUUAAGAGGUGGGACCUGAAGAUUCAGUGGACUACGGGUGAUAAAGCUGUUCUCCAUGGGUAG